AUGGAAGAAGAACUUUAUAACCAGAUUGGUAAUAAUAGUAAUCCAAAUGGAGAAGAAGAAGAAGAAGGAGACCCAGAGAGCAACACACUGAACCAACCUCUGGUUAAGGCAAACCGAACACUUUCUUCAAUCCCUCUUGCUUUGGUCGGUACCAAGGUUUCUCACAUCGAGAGCUUGGACUAUGAAAUAAACGAGAACGAUCUGUUUAAGCAUGAUUGGAGAAAAAGAUCACAGGCACAAGUGCUUCAAUACAUAUUCUUGAAAUGGACAUUUGCUUGUCUUAUCGGUCUCUUCACUGGUCUGAUCGCCACUCUCAUCAACUUAGCCGUCGAAAACAUCGCUGGCUACAAGCUUCUAGCCGUUGGUCACUUCCUCGACCAAGGAAGAUAUGUUACAGGUCUGAUGUUGUUUGCUGGAGCGAAUUUGGGGCUGACGUUGGUUGCUUCUGUGCUCUGUGUUUGCUUUGCUCCCACGGCUGCUGGUCCAGGAAUCCCUGAGAUCAAAGCUUAUCUUAAUGGUGUUGAUACUCCCAACAUGUUUGGUGCUACCACUAUGAUCGUUAAGAUCGUUGGAAGCAUUGGAGCGGUUGCAGCUGGACUUGAUCUAGGCAAAGAAGGUCCUCUGGUUCACAUUGGAAGCUGCAUAGCUUCCUUGCUUGGACAAGGUGGACCAGACAACCACCGGAUCAAGUGGAGGUGGCUUCGUUACUUCAACAACGAUAGAGACCGCAGGGAUCUGAUCACAUGUGGCUCAGCAGCUGGAGUCUGUGCAGCCUUCAGGUCACCUGUUGGAGGCGUGCUUUUCGCUCUUGAGGAAGUGGCCACUUGGUGGAGAAGUGCCUUGUUAUGGAGGACUUUCUUCAGCGCAGCGGUUGUUGUGGUGGUGCUAAGAGAGUUCAUAGAGAUAUGCAACUCAGGGAAGUGUGGUUUGUUUGGAUCAGGAGGGCUUAUCAUGUUUGAUGUGAGUCAUGUAACUUAUACUUACCAUGUCACUGAUAUAAUCCCUAUCACUUUGAUUGGUGUCAUCGGUGGCAUUCUUGGAAGCCUCUACAAUCACCUUCUUCAUAAAGUCCUCAGGCUUUACAAUCUGAUCAACGCGAAGGGAAAGAUCCACAAGGUGCUUCUGAGUCUUUCAGUGUCUCUCUUCACAUCGGUUUGCCUCUACGGUCUUCCUUUCUUGGCAAAAUGCAAGCCUUGUGACCCUUCAAUAGAAGAGAGAUGUCCUACAAAUGGAAGAUCAGGCAACUUCAAACAGUUCCAUUGCCCAAAAGGUUACUACAGUGAUCUUGCUACUCUGCUUCUCACCACCAACGAUGAUGCUGUCAGAAACAUCUUCUCUUCCAACACUCCAAACGAGUUUAGCAUGUUUUCUCUUUGGAUAUUCUUUGUGCUCUACUGUAUCUUGGGGCUAAUCACGUUUGGUAUUGCGACACCGUCCGGUCUCUUCCUCCCCAUCAUACUAAUGGGCUCUGCGUAUGGUCGAAUGCUUGGCGCUGCGAUGGGAUCAUACACUAGCAUUGACCAGGGGCUUUUUGCUGUUCUUGGUGCAGCUUCACUCAUGGCUGGUUCCAUGAGAAUGACUGUUUCACUCUGUGUUAUAUUUCUUGAACUCACAAACAACCUUCUUCUGCUUCCCAUUACUAUGAUUGUGCUUCUGAUUGCCAAAACUGUGGGAGACAGUUUCAACCCGAGUAUCUAUGACAUCAUAUUGCAUCUUAAGGGCUUACCUUUCUUAGAAGCAAAUCCAGAGCCGUGGAUGAGGAACCUCUCCGUUGGCGAGCUUGGUGUUGCUAAGCCUCCGGUUGUAACCCUGCAAGGAGUAGAAAAAGUUGCUAAAAUAGUUGAAGUGUUAAGGAACACGACGCAUAACGCAUUCCCUGUGUUAGAUGAAGCAGAAGUAGUACCUCAAGUGGGUGUAGCAAGUGGUGCAACAGAGCUCCACGGGCUGAUCCUGAGAGCGCACCUGGUGAAAGUUCUGAAGAAGAGAUGGUUCUUGACGGAGAAGAGAAGAACAGAGGAGUGGGAGGUCAGGGAGAAGUUCCCAUGGGAUGAAUUGGCUGAGAGAGAGGACAACUUUGACGACGUGGCCAUCUCAAGCUCUGAAAUGGAAAUGUAUGUUGAUCUUCAUCCUCUUACCAACACAACACCUUACACAGUCAUGGAGAACAUGUCUGUGGCCAAGGCUUUGGUGCUGUUCCGGCAAGUGGGACUCAGGCAUUUGCUUAUUGUUCCCAAGACUCAAGCCUCAGGAAUGUGUCCUGUGGUAGGGAUCUUAACAAGGCAGGAUCUAAGGGCAUACAACAUUCUACAAGCUUUUCCUCACUUGGAAAAAUCCAAAGGUGGAAAAGCACAAUGA